GUCGUUGAAGUGUAAAUAAAAGUCAAGUGAUUGUCCUGUGCCGAAGAGCGGCGUCUGGAGGAUGAAGGUCUUUUUGGAGAGUGGCAGCAGUGCAACUCCCUCUCGCCUCAAGGCUGUUUCCUCACCCAAGAACAAAAUCAACAUGGAGGACCUGGCAGUGGAAGUAUGCGGCGAAAAUGGGGCCCUUUAUAAGGGGUACAUCGUGGACGUGUUCGAAGAUUCGGUUCUCAUACAUUUCGAAGAUGAGUGGCAGCCGGAUUCCAAGUUCCCUUAUUCACAAGUACGGUUGCCCCCGAAGCCCGACCCGAAAGUCGAGUUUACCGAGAACAUGGAAGUGGAGGUGUACUCGAGGGCUAACCAUCAAGAGGCGUACGGGUGGUGGAAGUCCAGGAUCAAGAUGAUGAAAGGCGACUUCUAUGUGCUGGAAUACGUCGGUUGGGAUACAACAUACACGGAAAUCGUCAGCGACGACCGCCUCAGAGUCAAAAACACUAAUCCCCCCAUUGAUAGUUCUAUGUUUGUUAAAUUUGAGAUUGAAGUUCCAGAGGACGUCCGAGAGUACGCAAAAAUAGAUAAUGCUCACAAGGAGUUCCAAAACGCCAUCGGUGCUAGUCUGAUUAGGUACGUUCCGGAAAAAGGUGUUCUGUUAGUAAUAUCGAGAAACGAAUCGAGUCGCAGAUGCGCGCGCCUCCUACAGGACAUGCAUUUCCGUAGUUUAUCGCAAAAAGUGCUCUUAUUGAAACGGACAGAAGAAGCAGCCAGACAGCUGGAGAGUACGAAAUUGGCGACAAUCGGCGGGUUUUCCGAUGAGUUCAAUGUUAGGGAAGAUCUGAUGGGGUUAGCGAUCGGUGCGCACGGUGCCAACAUCCAACAGGCUAGGAAAGUCGACGGAAUUACGAACAUAGAAUUGGAAGAAAAUUCGUGCACCUUCAAAAUAUAUGGAGAGACUGAUGAGGCUGUGAAGAGGGCUCGAUCAAUGUUAGAAUAUAGCGAAGAAUCUCUUCAAGUACCGAGGGCGUUAGUAGGCAAAGUUAUUGGAAAAAACGGCAGGAUUAUACAAGAAAUCGUCGACAAAAGUGGGGUGGUUCGAGUGAAAAUUGAAGGCGAUAAUGAACCACAACCGACAAUCCCCCGCGAAGAAGGACAGGUGCCAUUCGUGUUUGUCGGAACGGUAGAGAGCAUAUCUAAUGCGAAAGUCCUCCUCAAAUAUCACCUAGCACACCUAAAGGAAGUGGAGCAGCUAAGACAGGAGAAACUUGAGAUCGACCAGCAGCUUCGCAGCAUCCACGGCACGGCGCUCGGUUCCAUGCAGAGCCUGUCAAUGGGUCGGCGGAACGACCGCGGCUACAACUCCGACAUGGACGGCGGCGGACGGCCCGGCCGCGGUUCGAUGCGGGGUCGCGGCGGCCGAGGCAGGGGAGGCGGCGGUCCAGGCGGCCGCCAAAACGACCGCUACAAUUCCGGUAGUACGAUCACAGAUUAUGUUAAUAACGUGGAUAAGCGCAACAACACCGCCAACAAACCGAUGGGAAACGGCAGGGGCGGUGGACGCGGCGGCAGCGCCGGAGGCGGCGGUCACGCCAGCAGCAACGGCCGGCCCCCGAGGGGGGCCACCGCCAGCAACCGCGAGCGCCCCAACAAGGGUUCCCGCCACCAGACCCCCGAGACCUCCGACGAGCGCGUCAGCGACCUGCCCCCGCGCCACUUCGGCGGUCCGCGGGGCGGUCGCGGCGCGCGUCGCGACGUCCGCCGGGACGACAGGCGUCGCACCACUGACGACGAGGAGACCGUCCUCGACAGCCACGAGGUGUCCAGCGUUGACAGAGAGUCUAUAUCGAGCGCGGAAGCGACCUCUUGGUCAGGUGGUAGAUCCCAGAGGAGGCGUAGACGUCGCGGGAGACAGCGUAGCCUAACGCCAUCUUCGCAACCGGUUGUUAGUGAUGAGGCGAACACAGUGAACAACGGCCAGGCAGGUCCGGCCGGCGGCAAUGGUGACCACGUGAUCCCCAAUGACAACCAUAACGUUGACGCUGCAGCCACUCAGGGCCCGCCGAAGAGCCGAGGAGACCCGAAGAACCGAUCGAACCGGCCGCCCCCCGCCCGCCGCAAUGACUCCUCCAAGCCUAAGGAAACGCUGGUGAACGGCACCACCGCCUAGACGUCGCUACUUCAUCUACUGUGCGCUCCAUUGAACCGAUGAUGAUGAUGAAAAAAAGAAAAAUAAGAGGGACAUUUUGAGUUUCUUUUUUUUAA